AUGGUUACGAAGGCGAACUCGGAUCGAAUUGAGGAUUCUGGUGCCAUAGAGCAAGGCGAGCACGAUCAUGUCCCGCAGAAGAACACAGAUAUCUAUCACGGGGAUGCUGAGAUAGUGGUGGAUAUUGGCUCGAACGCUGCAAAGUCAGAGGUCGCGUCAAACCUGAAACUGGCAUCAGAUAGCCAUACGAUCUUGAUUCCACAGCCCUCGGAUGACCCUCACGACCCCCUCAACUGGUCUCACGCUAAAAAGCACCUGUUACUGGCCACAAUUGGUCUUGCUGCGUUUGUUGCUGACUUCCAAGCUGGUGCUGCGGUGCCGUGUAUCAUCAUCCAAGGAGCAGAAUGGCACUUAUCACCAACACACGUGAAUUAUGCCAACAACUUGAAUGUCUUACUCGUCCUCAUGAACUUGAUGUGGGCAGUUGGAAUCAACCAAACAUCAUCGAUACUAUUUUCUUUACCAGUUACAGAAGGGGGUUACGGCUUUAGUCAAAGCGUGGUAGGCUAUAUCUUCUUCGCCCCUGUUACCGGCGUUGUGCUUGGAGAGCUUUUUGGGCAUUUCUUCAACGACUUCCUUGCCUCCCGCCAUAUCCGACGACAUAAAGGCAUCUUUAUCCCGGAAGCACGUCUGUUCCCAAUUUAUCUCUCGACAAUCUUCAUGGUGCCAGGGUUAGUGUUGGUUGGACAGUCACUUUUUCACCAUCUCCACUGGGCUGCUAUCAUCAUGGGCUGGGGUAUGUUCGUCUUUGGCUAUAUGGUUGCAACGGUUGCCGUUACUGCGUAUGCAUUAGACUCCUAUCCCACUGCCGCUGGUGAAGUUUCUGCCCUCAUCAACCUGGCUCGCCUUCUUGGAGGAUUCUCUGUAGGAUAUUUCCAGCUUCAAUGGGGUGAGAAAAGCGGAUACAAUGUGACAUUCGGAGUACAGGCAGCUAUAGUUGCAGCUGGAAUUAUGAUUAUCCCGCUCCUUCAUAUCUUCGCUCUCGAGUUCCCAGACGGCUAG